AACUGUUUUUGUGCAUUCCAUCUACAAAAAUGGCUUCUACCAUAUUUCUCCGUCCUCGCAUUACGCAUUUUCUAUUCCUUUUUCUGCUUUCCAAUUCCAUGGCUGUUUCAUCGGCCGACGCGUCUGCCUUUUCUUCUAAUUUCCAGUUCCCCACCACUCAGGCGGACAAACUAAUCCGAUCACUCAACUUGUUCCCCAAGCGCGGCGCCAACCUUCACGCCGCCGCCGAGGACGUUCUCGCCGCUUCGCCGAUCGUCGAGAAGCCGCUCAGGUUCCCUUUCAUGGCGGAUUCGGAGCCUUCCGUCAAGGAUUUAGGCCAUCAUGCUGGCUAUUAUAAACUCCCACACACUAAGGAUGCAAGGAUGUUCUAUUUUUUCUUCGAGUCGAGGAGCAGCAAGGCGGAUCCUGUAGUUAUAUGGCUUACAGGAGGGCCAGGAUGCAGUAGUGAGUUGGCUUUGUUCUAUGAAAAUGGCCCCUUCCAUAUAACAAGCAACAUGUCAUUAGGAUGGAAUGAUUUUGGAUGGGAUAAGGUAUCAAAUCUUAUAUACGUCGACCAGCCAACUGGAACUGGUUUCAGCUACAGCUCUGAUGAUGAUGAUAUGAGGCACGACGAGGAGGGUGUAAGCAAUGAUCUGUACGACUUCUUGCAGGCAUUCUUCAAAGAGCAUCCUCAGUUUCUGAAGAACGACUUUUAUAUUACUGGAGAGUCGUAUGCUGGACACUAUAUUCCUGCCUUCGCUGCUCGUGUUCAUCAAGGGAACAAAGACAAGCAAGGACUUCACAUUAAUCUUAAGGGCUUUGCCAUUGGAAACGGGCUUACUAACCCGGAGAUACAGUACAAAGCGUAUACUGACUAUGCAUUGGACAUGAAACUGAUCCAACAGUCGGAUUACAACAGUAUGACGAAGACAGUCUCGGAUUGUGAACAGGCAAUCAAGCUUUGUGGUGCUGAUGGUGGAUCUUCUUGCUUGGCGGCUUAUAUGGUCUGCAACCGCAUCUUCAACCACAUAGUGGACCUCUCCGGUGGUAAAAAUUACUACGACAUAAGGAAGAAGUGUGAAGGCGACCUGUGCUAUGACUUCUCCAACAUGGAGGAUUUCUUGAACCUCAGAUCAGUGAGAGAUGCUCUAGGUGUCGGAGACAUAGACUUUGUGUCUUGUAGCUCAUCCGUGUACGAGGCUAUGGUGACAGACUGGAUGAGAAAUCUUGAAGUCGGAAUCCCUGCAAUGUUGGAGGAUGGAAUCAAGCUACUGGUGUAUGCAGGAGAGUAUGAUCUCAUCUGCAAUUGGCUAGGGAACUCGAGAUGGGUGCAUGCCAUGGAAUGGUCUGGACAGAAGAAGUUUGCAGCAGCUGCCACAAAACCUUUCUCAGUAGAUGGGGCUGAGGCCGGGCAGCAGAAGGGCUACGGGCCUCUCACGUUCCUCAAGGUGCAUGACGCAGGCCACAUGGUUCCGAUGGAUCAACCAAAGGCAUCGGUGGAAAUGCUGAGGAGGUGGAUGCAGGGGAAGCUAACGCAGGCAGAUGAUCAUCUUGCUCCAAUGUAAAUACACUUCCUGGAGCAGGAGCUGUUCAUAUAUACAUAUUUACAGAAGAAAUAUAGAGACUGUUUAUCAAUACAUAUCAAAUGCAGCCCCAAAUCAUUGAAACAUAUGGUUUUUCUAAAAAAAAACAUGAUUUCUGACAAUGUAUUGCAAGUGAUACAAGGCCUUCUAUGAUUUGUUGUAAUGAAGGUGAUUUUAAUUUUCGAAAAGAUCUGUUUAUGGUUUUUUUGCACAAGAAAGUAAAAGGUAAAUAAUGGGAAUAGUAUAUGUUAUUUUGAGAU